AUGGCGGAUUUAAAUUUUAGCCAACUGCAAAAUUCCUCGAUUUCAAAUGGCGAGGAACCUGAUACCGAAUACUUGGUGCUUGCACCUGUUCUGGGGCUCAUAAUGCUGCUCGCCAUAUCUGGUAACAUGACCCUUAUCAUCACAAUAUGCCGCACUCGUAAACUGCGCACGUGCACAAACAUGUUCAUCUUAAACCAGGCAUGCGCAGACCUGGGAGUCGCUUUAUUUUGUAUGCCAUUUUCAAUCAUCACGUGCUACACACGAGACUGGAUAUUUGGUGACAGUAUAUGCCAUCUAAAUGGGUUUGUGAACAUUCUGUUUGAGGCUUCAUCGUUGUUUACGCUUACUUCGAUAAGCAUCGAGAAAUACUUUUCCAUCGUCAAGCCUAUGAGGGUUGUCAUAACAAAAAAGGUGACAGUCACCAUAGUUGCCAUGACGUGGUUUACAGCACUUGGGCUUGCAACCUUACCGUUGACAGGAUUCAUUGCGUUUGAAUUUAAGCCGGGGUCAACUCAGUGUGGAGUUCAAAUCUCAUCUAAUGUUGGUCAAACCAUUUACUCAUUGGUGGUUCUUGGAGUCGCCUUCCUUAUGCCGCUAUGUAUCAUGGGAUUCUGUUACAUCAACAUUUUCCUGGUUGUAAGGAAACACAACAUUCGCCGUCCAAAGAUGUCAUAUUCACGCAUCGACAGAAAAAGUUUUCUGUCGACUCAAAGCCAAAUAGCCCUGACCAUUUUCAUGAUGUUCAUUGCUUUUAUUCUCUGCUGGUCACCUUAUUUCGCGUACAUGAUCUACAUGACCGCUCGUCAAGUGAAAAGCCCAGAUGCAUUCGCACGGAGCUUGGGACUAGUUUCUUAUUGGUUUGCUUUCCUAAACAGCUGCAUUAAUCCGUUCCUGUACGGCCUCAGGAAUCCUCUCAUCAGAAGAUCGCUGUAUUCAAUGUGCUGUAAUCGCAAAUUUCGAAGCAGUCGCAGACGCUAUUCCUUGAGGAAAGCAAAUGACUACCGUGAUCCGCCAUUUUUUGGACCACCCCUGCCAUUAGUCGACUACGACAAAACAUCCCCUCCCUACCCAGCUUUCAUCAACGUUGUUGCCCUGACCGAGGAAGACAUAAUCAGCCCAAAUGAGGGAAUUGGCGAGCCGACUGUGGACAGAGGAACUCAAACGGGCGAAAACUGGAAAAUUUUAUCUUUCCAAGAUUUGCCGCAAACUUACUUCGUCAAUGAAGCGUCUUCCACGACAAACCAAGUAUUUCCACUUCAGUUACAAGAACAGGGAACGUUAUUCGACCAUACCCAUAACGUUUCAAGUUCCUCAUGCUCUAGCAUGUGCUCUGGUUGCAAUCACGUGGUGACAAACAGUAAUGAGGAAAUCUUGUGUUCCAGCAUGUCAUCAGUGAAAGACAGUGGUCUGUGUAGUGAAUGCGCAUGCUUGUCUGAUUAUGAAAGUUCAACGAGUAGAAGUUGUAGUCAAUGCAAACAAGAUGACCUUGAAUCGAAUUCUUGCCCUUCGAUUUUGAAUCACACGAAAGAAUUUCAAUCGCAUAGCGUGUUGCACCAAGUUGAUCAGGCUGGAAACAAUAUGGAAAACUCCCUCCAUUCCGCGGUGGGAAAAACAAGAAUGAGUUUUAAAAUUGGUUGGAUGGAAUCUCAUCUUUAAACCAACCAAAUAUGUGAUACUAUGCCAGUUGUUGGCGGGUUCUUUUUCUUCGCGACGAUAAGAAGCCUGUAAUUAGCUCUGAGUGAAUUGACCUGAAUACUAAUGUUGCAAAAAACAAAAUUAAAUGUAAGCUAAAGCAAAUCGCGAACUCAUCUGUGACGAUUUCUCGACAGACUUGCUAUACACUUGUUGUUAGUCGAUCAAAAAUGAUGAAGGGAAGAGCAUUUGGAUAGACGGCCUUCCCGUCGUUCCCUUCGUUGCGUAUUUGAUGCUUGAUGAUUGUAUAGACUCUUUUAAUCUUUUACACUU